CGCCUCGUCUAUUUGAGAGGGUUAUCCGAAAAUUAGGUGUAAAAUAAUAUUUUCCGCAAAUUCCAAAAUAGCAAAAACAAUUAGACCCUCAUACAGAAUAAUUUAUAGAUCCAUUUUUAAAAAAAUCCCAAACUUGUGUUAUUGUAUCUGUGGGACUUCCACUAAAUACAGCUAGCCUGUGGGUCUCAUUGUUUACUGGUUCGUGUCAAUUUGACCCGAUCCGAAAGUCCCGACGCCAACUUUUGUCCCAUCAUGCAACACUGCCCAUGUGAAACUGGACAAGAUGGCGGCCAAGUUUAAAGUUGGAGAUCUUGUGUGGGCAAAGAUGAAGGGGUUCCCGGCCUGGCCAGGAAGGGUAAUCCAGCCCAAGGAUGAAGUGAAGCGUCCAUCCAACAAGAAGCCUCAUCAUUUUGUCUUCUUCUUUGGGUCUGAGAACUAUGCAUGGAUCCCAGAAGAAAGUAUACACCUGUAUGCUGACAAUCGCAACAAGUACAGCCUCACGUCCAGAAUCCCUCGCGGCUUUAAGGAGGCCAUUGAAGCUAUAGAGGAUGCGCUCAAAGCUCUGCCAGCCAGUGUGGCUGUCAAGACCUGUGAACUGCCUUCUAUAGAUGAAGAGCUGGCUCAGAUCUUCCCAACAACCGGCACAAAAAAAGACGGAGCAGCUCACAGAGACUACUCCAGGGAACCCUUAGCUGGCAAGAAGUCAAAGAAAGGCGUAGAGGAACGCCGGUCAUCGGCGCCGGUCGGGAGUGGCCGGAGGAACCUGAACAGUAGGCGCAGGUCAGGGGAGUCUGCAGAGAGACGCAGGUCGUCUAACGUUAUCAAUGGCACAAGCAAAUCACGCGAUUCGUCAGUAGAUAGCGUUGUCAAGAAGCCGGCUGAGUCCACAACCAAGGGAAAAAAUAAAGAUUCAGCUAAGAAGCCCACACCGGUUCGCAAACCAACACUCAAGCGGCCCCUGUCAGCUCCCCGAGAUGAACCCAGGCCUUCCACGUCUAAAACACCGCCAUCAAAGAGACAAAAGAUUCUCAUGAAUACACAAACAGUCAAGUCACCUGUGAAAUCACCAGAUACUCCAAAAUCAUCCUCAGAGUCCAUUGUGAUUCCGGAUUAUUCUAAGACACCAAACAUUUCAAAAGAUGAAUUUUAUCAAGAAAUAGGCCUUUCACCAGAGCCCACCAAAAUCAAAUCCAAAGACAUUUAUGACAUGCCCGAUGAUGAAGAAAUGGAUAAGGUUAGCUGGCUGUCUAUGACAUUGUCUCUACAAGUGAAGGGAAUGCAGGGCACCUCAGGCAAAUCUCAAGGAAAUCAACAUAAGGACCUGGGGGUCCCAUCUACCACCAGCGGCACAGCUGUCUCCUCCUCCACACAGAUAGACGACGCCCUCCUCACACGCAAUUCCGCCAAGUCUGUCAUCCCCACACCCCUGCGCAUCGGCUUCCUGGGACUAGGCAUUAUGGGACAGGGUAUGGUGAUGAAUCUGCUGAGGUCAGGCCACGAGGUCACUGUCUGGAACCGAACUGCAUCAAAGUGUAGAGAGUUUGUGAAGGCAGGCGCAUUACGUGGUACAUCCCCCAAUGAUGUUGUUCAGAACUGUGACAUCACCUUCACGUGUGUGGCCGACUCUGGAGCUGUCCGAGAUAUUGUGUUUGGCAACUCUGGAGUGCUACAGGGCAUUUCACGAGGGAAGUGUUAUGUGGAGAUGUCCACAGUUGACGAGGAGACAGUUGAAGAUGUUGCGGAGGCCAUCAUGGCCAGGGGUGGCGUGUUCCUGGAAGCACCUGUUGUUGGGAGUCGUGCCGCCCUGGAGGGACGAUUGGUUAUCCUGACAUCAGGAGACAGGAAGCUCUAUGAUGACUGUUUCUCAUGCUUUGAAGCCAUGGGCAAGAAGUCAUUUUACUUGGGAAAUGAAGUGGGCACUGCCACACGGAUGAAGCUUAUCCACAAUAUGCUGCUGGGCACCGUAAUGGCAGGGCUGGCAGAAGCUAUGGCACUUGCAGAGAAAGUGGGCAUAGACAUGGAGGAUCUGUCAGAAGUUCUCUCCCUUGGCUCACUCUCCUGUCCUACCAUUAAUCAUAAGAGUCAAGCAAUUGUUAAUGCAAUGGUGAAUGGCAAGUUUGACCCCCACUUUCCCCUGCAGCACCAGCAGAAAGAUCUACGACUAGUCCUCGGCCUCGGGGAUCGUGUGGAACAGCCAUUGUAUGUUGCCUCUGCAGCUAAUGAGAUGUUCAAGAAAGCUCGCAGUCUUGGAUUCAGCGAGAGUGACAUUUCAGCAGUAGUUCGAGCAGCAAAUGCAUGAUGAGAAUGUUGAGAUCAGCCAAUCACUACAUGUGUUUCAGAACAAUUUUAUGAAACAGUUUCCUCAGAAAAGUGUUGGAGUUUAUGUAGAAGAAAGUUGAUAGGACGACCAAGACAAAAGACUUCAAGAAGAGUCAUUGUGGAUGUUCAUGUUUAACAUCAUGCUGUAGUUCUCCUGUCAGAUAUGGUAUUGCAUGGAAAGUAUUUGAUGUAACAAGAUUUUAUUUAUGUAUUUUAGAAGUCUCAGCAUUGAUGCAAGCAUAAAAGGGAAGGCCUUUUUUUUCAAUUACUUAAGGUCUCAGAAACCAGCAAGCGGUUCGAGUGCUUGCAAGCCAAUAUUACUGUUCAGUCUUAUGCCUAUAUUGUCGGAGUAGGUAGCAUUCAGGUUGAAAAUGAAAUUUCAUUUGAUUGUAUAGAAACAAAUUGUAGAUGGUGUGUACAGGUUUGUAUCUGUAGCUUAAGAAACCCAGAGUGCAUAACAGCAUUGGGGCAAAACUGAAAUGAGAUGAAAGUGUGUGAAUCUUGUAGAUCUUAAUAUAAAUAUAUUGUUGAAAACGUAUUUAUUUGGAGAAUUACAAGACUAGUUAUGAAAGGUAUUUUUGUCCUAACUGUCAAACAGAACAGCUAUGAAAAAUUGUUAUUGCUUAAAUUCACAUGUGUGAAGAUGCUGCAAAGUGUUCUUUUUGGCAUUCCGUCUAUACUGACAUUUCUUAAAAGUUAUGCUUAUGUUUCCAACAGUUUUAGAUGGGUCUUUUAAUAUAGAUUUUAGAUUUUACAUGAACUUAAUUAACUUGUGUGUUUACUCUCGGAACCAAGCUGUGGUGAUUUCAUUUUAAUAGUUUUGUUUUCAUGCACGGCCAGACCACCAUGAUUGUGAGACAAAGAUAUCAGCAGUGGAAUUAGACCUGACAGCCACUGGCUCAUAGGCUCCCCAUAAGGAAGGGGGUCAGCAGAGAUAUGGGCAAAUGACAGGAACACAAAAUUUCUCUCUUUUUUAUUACAAUUUCUAGUAGGAUAAAAGCAUGAAAUAAAGAGUGAUUGAAGUGGCCAGUAGGAAGUGUAUUGACUGGUUAGCGGACAUGCCGGUAGAGGGAUAGUGUACCAAGCCAAAAUGUGUAUCUAUUUGUCAAAUAUACUUGGAGUCUAAAGCAGGAGAUACAUCAAGUAAGUACUAGCAGGUACUGUUUGAAUGUCCCAAAGUAGAAAUUGAUGUCUGUUGUUGCAGUUUUCAGACUAAAUGUCACAAUUUGGUUUAUAAACCUGGUAAUUACUGAGAAUCAGUCUGUUCAGCCUCAUUGUAAGUUGGCACUGAGACAUCUUCCUAUCAUUUCACAUCACCCAAUAUACAUACAUACUACAUUCAACUGUAAUGGUGUUAGCUAGCAGAUAUCAAAUAUAUUUUUUACUCAUACCAAAUAUGAAUUCUCUGUAGCAUGAAGAGACAGUGGUUUUGUGAGGUAUCAGGUAGGGCUAAGUUUGGUUGUCUUCAAACUGGCAGUAUGUGGAAGUCCAACUUUGACUUCAUCCAUUUGUCUAAGACUAGAGUGAUUUAAACUUCUAUUCAGACCUGGAAGCUAACAAAAGAAUAGUCCAGGUAAUGACCCUAAAUUCUACUGAAAAUUAUGUUGAGGGUCAAGUUCAGGCAGUAGUCUCAGAAAUGUUUGGCAGAAACUGAUAUGUGUGGAGACUUUACUUAAUUGUUCUACCUGAAUUUUACGAAGGGACUGGUUGUUUUUCAUUGAGCGGAGAUGAUCAUGUAAAUAGCAUUCAUAUAUUUGUAAUCAUACUUUCUGUUCAGCUCUGUGUAUAUGCAUGAUAAAACUGUGGUCGUUUGUCACAUAAUUAUAUUACAGACUUUGUGAAGCAGAAGAUUGUUCCACUAUAUCUAUGGCUUCACAAGUCAAAAUAAUAAUCUCAGAUUGAAAGGCAUACUGAGUUUGGAGUUGACAUAGUUUUAGAUUUUAUGUAUUGAGUAUAAUUAUGAUAAAAUCAAUUGUAGAUAAUUGUGAUUGAAUCCUGAUUUUGUAUGAUAUAUAAUACUUUAAAUCAUGACCACAGACAUACAGAAAUAUGCUUCUGUUUGAUGUUAGCCACAACUUGAGACCCUAGGAAAGAUCUAAAGUAAAUAUUUGGUGGAAAGCAGUGUGGUAGAGAUGUGGUUGCUUUGGUUUUGUUUUCAUUUUUUACUGUAUCAAAAAAUGGAUAGACAUCAUGACUUUGCCAUGAUUAGCAAUCAGUUUUAACUUCUGCCAAGAUGUCAUACUGAGAUGGAUUUUAAGUUGUUAGGAAGCAAGGGUAGAAUGUUUCUGUUGCGAACAAAUUGCUUCUGUGUUUCUAUUUGUGUUUGUUCUUGUGUUGGUUUCCAUGUGUUUUAUGUCCUCAUCACAUUCAUUGUUUGAACCAUCAAGUCAACAGUCAUUUAAUAAAUAUCUCAAUCUCA